CCGGCGUCAAUCAGGCAGAGUUCGUCGACCAGCCUCUGGCAGUUCUCGCAGGCGCUCCAGCCCAAGCUGGUGCGGCGGUUCUCGUGGAGCCACGGCCACGCGUCGCCUACUCCGUUGGCCUCGGCAGUGGCUGAGAAUGGCGCCUUGGUGGCCCUGGAGGCUCGUGCUCGGCGGCGGGAACUGGCUCAGCUUGACCGGAAUCGAUCCGGCGCUCAUAAGGCUCUCGGUGUUCUCAGAUUUAUCAGCACCAAAACUGAUGACACCGUCGAUGCAUGGAGCCAAGUCCAAAGCAACUUCAAUGCCCUCGCGAAAGACGGCUUUCUCCACCGUUCUGAUUUUGCACAAUGCAUAGAAAUGAAAGAUUCAAAGGAGUUUGCUCUGGAGAUCUUCGAUGUGCUGAGCCGGAGACGAAGGCUCAAGGGUGACAAGAUCAGCCGAGACGAGCUAUACGAGUUCUGGUUGCAAAUCACUGAUGAAAACUUCGAUUCACGGGUCCAGAUCUUUUUCCAAAUGGUGGACAAGAAUGAAGAUGGUAGUAUCACUGAGGAAGAAAUCAAAGAGAUUAUCAUGCUGAGUGCUUCCGCGAACAAGUUAUCUAGAGUGAAGGAACAAGCGGGAGAAUAUGCUGCCCUGAUGAUGGAAGAGUUAGAUGCAGAACGACUUGGUUUCAUUGAGCUCUGGCAAUUAGAGGCGGUGUUGUUAAAACCGGAAACUUACCUUGAUAAAUGUAGUCCAGCGCCGAGUUGCAGCAGCCAAGCCUUGAGCCAGAAGCUACAAAGCUUAAGGUCAACAAUAAAUUAUCUCCAAAAAAAUUGGAGGCGACUCGGGCUUUUGAGCUUGUGGAUGGUGAUCUUGACUGCGCUCGUCACAUGGAAGUUUUAUCAAUACAUGAACAAGGAUGGGUUCAAAGUCAUGGGUUAUUGUCUCCUCACAGCCAAGGGUGCGGCUGAGACCCUCAAGUUCAACAUGGCUCUCAUUCUCCUGCCCGUCUGUAGGAACACAAUCACUUGGCUCAGAUCCACCAAGCUCGCCUAUCUAAUUCCCUUUGACGACAACAUCAAUUUUCACAAGGUCAUCGCUGCAGGCAUUGUUAUUGGUAUCAUUCUCCAUGCCGGAACCCACCUAGCAUGUGAUUUUCCAAGACUUGUCAAUUUGCCUGAGACAAUCUAUGAGGUCAUUUUUUUAGAUCGUGACUUCGGCAAUGAGAAACCCAGCUACAUGGAGCUGGUUAAAGGAAUAGAAGGGGUGACUGGAAUUCUAAUGGUGAUGUUAAUGGCGGUUGCAUUUAUACUUGCAACACGAUGGUUCAGACGGAGUCUGAUUAAGCUGCCAAAGCCCUUUGGUAGGCUAAGUGGUUUCAAUGCCUUCUGGUAUUCACACCACAUAUUUGUCGCCGUCUAUGCCUUGCUUAUUGUCCAUGGGACAUUCCUCUACCUGGCCCACAAGUGGUACCUCAAGACGACAUGGAUGUAUCUUGCAGUUCCAGUUUUAGUAUAUGUUGGAGAAAGGGCCUUGAGGUUCUUUCGGUCGGCCUCCUAUGAUGUCCGUCUUCUGGAGGUUGCAGUUUAUCCCGGAAACGUUCUUAUGUUGCAAAUGUCUAAGCCACCCCAGUUUAAGUACAAGAGUGGACAAUACAUGUUUAUCCAAUGUCCGACUGUUUCGGCAUUUCAGUGGCAUCCAUUUUCCAUUACCUCCGCUCCCGGAGAUGGGUACCUUAGUGUUCACAUUAGGCAGUUAGGUGAUUGGACACAAGAGCUUAUUCGAGUAUUCUCUCAAGCCUCUCUGGCCGGAAAUAGUAUGGCUGAUGAAACAACCAAGAAGAGUUGGCCGAAGCUCUUUAUAGAUGGACCUUAUGCUGCCCCAGCACAAGACUACCGCAAGUAUGAUGUCUUGCUACUUGUUGGCAUGGGGAUUGGAGCAACUCCUUUCAUCAGUAUUCUCAAAGAUUUGCUCAAAAACAUGAGCAAAAUGGAGGAGAAGGCAGUAAGUAACUUAUUAAAAAAAAUAUUGCGUCGUGCAAAAUAUAUAACACUUGAGUUUCCUUGUCUUCAGGAGGCCGAUUCAAUCUCGAAUGUUGUCAGUGCUCACUUCUAUUGGGUAACAAGGGAGCAAGGCUCCUUUGAUUGGUUUAAAGGGGUCAUUAAUGAAGUUGAUGAUCUUGAUCAAAGGGGUGUCAUUGAGAUGCACAACUACUUGACUAGUGUGUAUGAGGAAGGAGACGUCCGAUCAGCCUUCAUUACCAUGGUCCAAGCACUCAACCAUGCUAAGAAUGGAGUGGACAUUGUUUCAGGCACUAGGGUUCGAACGCAUUUUGGAAGGCCUAAGUGGAAGAAAGUUUUCUCCAAUAUGUGUUACAAGCACUGUGGUGCAAGAAUUGGGGUAUUCUACUGUGGGGCACCGGUUUUGGCUAAAGAACUCAACGAGCUCUGCAAUGAGUUCAAUCUAAAAGGCCCAACCAAGUAUGAAUUCCACAAGGAGCAUUUCUAG